AACGUACUUCAGUUUCCAAACCGGAGAAACAUGAUGAGUUCCAAGUGUCCCAACUCUAUUGUCGACCUCAACUCCUUUCGAUUUUUCAUGGACAUGGGAUCAUCUUCUAGGGUUAUGCCACCCAAAUAUCAAAGACCAACCUCAAGCUUGUAUCUUCAUUCACGUGAUGCUUUGUCUUCCUUUGGCAGAGGAAUUUGUGCCCUAAGGGACACUGCUGCUGAAGAUUUCAAUUUUUCAUGGGCGAUCGGAAAUAGUAUGCAUCUGCGGACAGACGCAUGUUAUGCCAAGGUCAUGAAAUUCGGUGAACUAUCUUCUUCAACGGGUGAAUAUGCGAUGAUCUACUACAGAAUUCUAGUUCAGGUCAAAUGGUUGUUGAAACUUUCAGAGAUCCCAGAAUUCAGAGACGUACCUAGUUUCAGUGAGCAUGCUCAGUGUUACUUACAAUGAAUUAUUGAUCGAUUUUGCAUGGUGGAAGCCAUAGAAAUGACAGAGAGGUUGGAGAAAAAAACAAACCAUGAUCAUGUUAAAGCAGUGGAAUACUUCUUGAAGCUGAGAUGCAGAUCAAGACCAGAGAUAGCUAAGGUGCUCGAUACUUUUCAUUUUGCUUGCACAUCAGAGGACAUCAACAGUCUUGCGCAUACGUUAAUGUUAAAAGAUGCUAUGAACAAUGUUAUAUUUCCUGUCAUGGACGAUCUGAUCAAGGCAAUGUCUACCAUGUCAAGGGACAAUGCUUCCAUUCCAAUUCUUUCUCGCAGGGACGGAAACACGGUCUCACCCACAACUUUGGGGAAGGAAAUGGCCAAUUUUGCUGUCAGGCUAAGCAUACAGAGGCACAAACUUUCUCAAGUUAAGAUAAUGGGGAAGUUUCCUGGUGCUGUAGGAAGUUCCAAUGCUCAUUAUGUUACAUAUCCUCAUAUUAAUUGGCCGCAAAUUGCUGAGGAAUUCGUGACUUCUCUUGGAGUGAGUUUCAAUCCUUAUGUUACUGAGGCCGAGACUUACGACUACAUGCCAAAACUUUUCAAUGCUAUUAACCGAUUCAAUAGUAUAUUGAUCGACUUUGAUAAAGAUAUGUGGGACUACUUACAUUUUGGUUACUUCAAGCAAAGUGAGUAUAUAAAUUUUCAUUAUAGUGAAGCAACUCUUGGUGCAGCUAGAGAAGCUCUUUCCUACCUGAUUAGUUUGUUGCCUAGAUCUCGUUUUCUGGAAGACUUGACUGAUUCUAGUAUUCGGAGGAACAUGAGUAAAGGAUUAGUAUGUUCUGCUCUUGCCUACAAGAGUACACUUAAGAAUAUAGCAAAGAUUCAGAUUGAUGAAGCUCUCGUGAGUGAGGAGUUGAACCACUCUUGGGAGGUACUUGCUGAAGCAGUACAAGCUGUAAUUCGAAGAUAUGGUGUUCCUGCAGAGACCUAUGAGAAGCUUAAAGAACUAACAACGGGGAGAAGGGUUACCAAAAAGAGUGUAAGAAAGUUUAUUGAAGGCUUGGAAUUACCUAAAGAUCAUAAGACCAUUUUGUCAAAGCUAACCCCACAUAGCUAUGUUGAAGAAGAUGUUAAAUUCGCUAAAAUGGUAGACAUGGGAGUUAAAGCAGCUAUAAGAAACACCAAUAUCAGUGCAACCGCUGGGCCACAAUUGGAUGUUCUGUGUACGGGUAAAUUCAAGGACUUGGCUCCUUAUAUGAGUGAGUAUGGUCUAAUCUACUUCCGUGUUCUAGUUAAGAUCAAAUGGUUGUUACUGCUUUCAGAAAUUCCUGAAGUGACAGAGGUACCUAGGUUUAGUAAAUCUGCUCAAUCUUAUUUGCAAGAAAUAAUUGAUGGAUUUAACAUCGAUGAUGCAUUUGAAGUAAAGAACCUUGAGAAAGUGGCAAACGACGGUGUAGCUGCGGUGGAGCGGUUCACGAAACAGAGAUGUGAAUCACAUCCAGAAAUAGCUAAGGUGGUUGGAUUUUUUAAUUUUGCUUGCACAUCUGAGGAGGUCAACAAUCUUGCCCAUGCACUAAUCCUAAAAGGAACCAUGGACAAUGUCAUAUUUCCUGCCAUGGAUGAUUUGAUUCAUGCAAUAUGUGGCAUUGCUAAGAACACUGCUCAUAUUUCUAUUCUCUCUUCCACUCAUGGACAGCCUGUUGCGUUUACAACUUUGGGGAAAGAAAUGGCAAGUUUUGCUGUGAGAUUAAGCAGAGAACGGAAAGAGAUUUCGCAGCUGGAGCUAAUGGGGAAUCUCGGAGGUGAGGUUGGAAAUUACAGUGCUUAUCAUGUUGCAUAUCCUGGUAUUAAUUGGCCUCAAGUUGCUGAACAGUUUGUAACAUCUCUGGGUUUGAGUUUUAAUCCCUAUGUUACCCGGAUCAGAGCUUAUGAUUAUGUGGCAGAACUUGUUCAUGGCGUUAGCCAGUUCAACAAGAUAUUGACGGACUUUGAUGGAGACGUAGAAGGCUACAUGUCUAUGGGUUGUUUUAAGCAAAUAAACAAGACUAGUGAAGGCAUUAACAUUGGUGCGGCCAGUGGCAAUCUGUGUUCCCUGAGCAGGAAGCUACCUAUUUCAACUCUUUUGAGGAACAUGGGGUCAAGAUUAGAGCAUUCUCUUGUCACCUACAAAAACACACUCGAUCUAAUAUCAAGACUCGAGGUGGUCGAUAUAGAUUGCCCGAUUGAGGACUACUUGAACCUCUAUUCCGGAGCUCUCGUUAAAGAGUUAGAGACGGUAGUGCAAAGAUAUGGUGUCCCCAAGCCCUAUGAAAAAUUUAAGGAACUAACCGGAGGACGAGCAGUCGUUACCAAGGAAAGUAUACUGGAUUUUAUUCAACGCUUGGAAGUACCUAACGAAGCAAAAACCAUUCUACUCAAGUUAACACGAUGUAGCUACGUCGGAGCCGCUUCGGAAUUGGCCAGAACAGUAGACAUCGCCGUGAAUUCUUAACUCUGUAAAGUUGUCAUCCACUAUUCCAGAGAGUGUACCUCUUUUUUUUUUUUUUUUUUUUUUUUGGAGAAUGAGAUAGUAACUCUUUUGGACAUCAAGAAAAAUUAUGGGCCUCAAUGACGAGCCCAAUAACUCUAAUUAAUUUAGCCAAUUGAUUAAUGGGCUUUCACGUGCGAGAGAGGAGGUUAAAGACGAAAGGACAAUAGCCAGAGCGGUGACGUCACGGAGCAUCAUCAUACCUGACAAGAGUCAUCAUUCUACCCAGCAUGGUACAUGACGUGGCAGGGACAGGACCUGGUGGGGACCACAGGGGGGACGCCAUGAUGGUCCCUCCCCUCCUCAGAGGCAGACCGCCACUGACGGAACCACAGUGGCGAGAAAUAGAAGAAAAAAGAAAAGCAUCUGAAACCGUCCGGCUAGUUGUUCCCCGCAUCGCCGGCAGGGGCUCCCCUCUCAAAACGACGGCCGUCUGAUUGACGCGUCAAUCAAUGUCUUUUCCGGGCCGCCACGUGCCCGGGUCGAGGAGGAGGAGGAAGAGAAUUGUGGUUUUCGAUACCCAAGUGAAGUGAUGGUCCAUGGAGGCUUUUCGUGAGUGAUGAUAAGGGUUGAUGUGUCUCUGUACCACAAGUGAAAAUGGCUCUUCCGCUCUUGAGGACUGCACAUUGUAUAUGUUUCAGAGUCGGACCCCAAGGUACGUGAUGCGUCUUUGUAUGCAGCCGUAUCAAGUGAUGUAGUAUAUGUGUUCCGGUAGUAUUGUUAUGAGAGAGACAGUAAUAUUUGUCUGAUCAUCGAUGCGUUAAACAAUCUUUUGUAUGCAAGAGUACCAAGUGAUGUAGUAUGUGUG